AUGUCGGAACCCAAAACUGGAUUAAAUGUCAUGGAUGGCACAUCGCUGCUCAGCUAUCUCCCCCCAGGGUGGACGGAAGCGACCUACCAGAAUGCGACGAGCAGAGAGUACAAUGCUCUGCCAGAGGAGCAACUCGAAAAGCUCAUGGAGCGAAAGAUUGAGGAAACGCGGCAGGAAGCAAAUCGGAUACUAGAAGAGGCCAGAACAUGGCGAGUGACCCAUGGCAUCGCGACCCUCGCUGUAGACGGGACGGACCGCCCGCCCGCCGCCGCCGCCGCUCCUGCCCCUGGUCCAGUCGACGACGUCUCGCUGCACAACAUGCAGCGGCUGGUGCAACACGUCGAGGCCUUCCAGUGGGCCGAGAUUGGCUUCCUCGUUUUCCGGACCUAUUACGCCGACGAAGCCCUGUGGGAGAAUUUCCAGCGACGGUUCGGCGAGGUCGUGGAUGGGGGCAUCGUGACCGUGCCGACCGAGGCAGGACUGACGCGCAUCAGCAGCCGCGUCAAGCUGCCCUUGGUAUCGGACUAUGCGCUUGUAGAUCUGGGUCCCGGGGGUGUGGCGCACAUUUAUCGGGACAGCAUCAGUAAUCUGGACGGUGACAGCGACGAUGAGGAGGAUGAGGUCGAGGAGGCCGAGGGAGAUGAUGAAGGGCAUCUGGCGAGCUUGGAUCCCGGACUACGCAUGCCCAUGUGCAUCAUGGUGGACGAGGAGUGUCUGCAGUCGAUGUGCGAGGAUGGCGCGGACGCGCUGCCGUUUGUCAAGGCCGUGGAUGUCAAGCUCACCACGAACAAGGAUUUGCACUACUCGGGCUCGUUCAAGGUCUCGGUCAGAGCGCUCAUUUCGCAUUUUUACGCCGCGCUGCAGUUUUAUGAGCCAAUCGAUAUCUCCAACGCCGUUGACAAAAGCACAGGAGUAUGGACUGGUAUGGGAAACGUCCAAACAUCACGGGAGGGCACCGAGGAACAAAAGGUACAUAGGAGGGAUGACAAGUAG